AUGGGUCGCUGGGGCCGUCGUAUGUUCGAGGGUGAUAGCGACCUUGGCCUGCUAGCAGACCUAGAGAAUCAUGUUGGAAUAAAGGAAAAAGGGGAACACAGCAUGGAAGACAUGAUAAUGAUGAGAAUGCCCGACGAGAAAGUGAAAUACGUCCGGGAAAAGCUGGGCACAAGUAGCUACGGGGAAACCUUGCUAACCAACUGCAAGUCGAAGGAUCUAGGGUGGAAUGGAAAACAUUGCACUGUCAUUCUGGGCGCUGUGAUGAUUGCUGCAGGGGCCCAUACUUCCUCUGAGAACAUGCAACACCUUCGCAAACCGGUUCCUCAGAUUAACUGCAAUACAGGCUAUACUAUGGCCCUUUUCGACGAAGGGUUUCGUGCUCCGGGUCGACCUCAAUUCAUUGCUGCUCUCGAUCACUACCAGCCCGGGAUUGCUCGAAGCGUUCGCGACCUGCGGAUUGUCAGCGUGGUCACUGGAAGCAGCACAAACCUGCCUGCGGUGAUCCAGAAAGCAAAUUGA